AUGGCCGCCAAAAACGCUUCCUACCUGAUCAUCGGCGCCGGGGUCUUCGGUGUGUCCACGGCUUACCACCUGAUCCAGAAGUACCCCAAUGCGUCAGUAACGCUUGUUGAUCGCGACGCCUACGACGCCGAGUCGCGGGUUGCUGCGUCGUGGGAUUGGAACAAGGUUGUUCGUGCGGACUACGACGAUAAGGUCUAUGUCCGUCUUGCGCUGGAAGCCCAGGAUAUCUUCAAGAAUGAUCCGCUCUGGCAGCCCCAUUUCCACCAGACGGGCGUCUACUGGACGUGCCGCAGCGACUAUGCGCAGAACGUCAUCAAUCACCACAAGGAGCUCGGCCGCAAUGAUGAUAUCGUGGCAUUGCCCGUUGCGGAGGCCCGCAAGCUGUAUGGUGGGCUGUUCGAUAAGGCGGACUAUACUGGUGUCAAAGAGGUUCUUAUCAACAAGGCUAGUGGCUGGGCUGCGGCAGGCGACUCGCUGAGAGCUGUGACGAAGCGCUGCAUUGAGUUGGGUGUGAAGUAUGUGACUGCGGAUGUCGCGACUCUGGAGUUCGAUGGGAAGGGCACUUGCACUGGUCUGAUGACCAAGUCUGGGGAGACUCUGUCUGCAUCUCAUGUUAUUGUGGCGGCUGGAGCUUUCACCCCGACGCUGCUUGAGUGGAGUGCGGCCAAGAGCCGCAACUUCGGUCUUCGGGCAGGAGAGCGGAUUACCGCGGCGGGUAUCACGACCGGAAUGGCGCAGCUCAAGGGCGACAUGUAUGAGAAGUUCAAGGAUAUGCCUGUUGGGUUCCAGGGGUACACCCCAGAAGAGGGCAAGCCAUUCAUUGGCAGCAUCCCUCCCACUAAAGACGGCGAGCUUAAAUGGUGGGGCUCGAAGAUCUUUACAAACACCCGCGAGGUCCUGCCAGGCCGACACAUCUCCUCUCCUCCCCCGACGCACGACUACAACCAAUGGAAGGUCCCCGGCCCCCUUAAGCAAGACAUCAUCGAAUCCCGGAACCUGUGGUACGGGCCCGAGAGCGCAGAUUGGGAGAUGAAGAAGCACCGCAUUUGCUGGUACGUACCAGACCCAAAAUCACCGCUCAUAUUAAUGCCAUCUGACAUGAACUCUAGGGAUGCCUUCACCACAACUUCCGACUUCAUCAUCUCUCCCCAUUCGGCUUCCAAGGGCCUCUACAUCGCAACCUGCGGCUCGUUCCACGGCUACAAGUUCUUCCCGGUGCUGGGCAAGUAUAUCACCCAGAUGCUGGAGGGCGAGCUGGAGCCCGAGUUAGUAGAGAAGUGGGCCUGGACCGCCAACGGCCCGACUCUUCGCAGAACGUCGAGUAUCCCAACUCGGAGAUGA